AUGUCUAAACAUAAAGAAGUUUCACCAACACUUGCAUCUCAAGGAAUAAUUGACUUUAAUUUAUACUAUGAACCUUUUGCUCAUCACUGGUGGCAUGAAAUUUCUACUGAAAAUGGCUCGGAAUUUUACCCUAUUUGUUUAGGCAUGACAAUUUUAACUGAGCUAAAUAAGGAUAUGCCUAAAGAACUUAUUGAAGAAUCUGUUCAUAAUACCCAACUUUCUCAUGAUGAAAUUCCAGAAACCCAAUUAUGUAUAGUUUCUACCUUAGGAU